AAUACAGUAAACCAAGAUGAAUUUCAGAGUAUUAUUUUUCAUUCUUCUUCAGUUUAUGAUGUCAGCAUUCAUUUUCCUAUAUUUAAAAAUAAAUGGAACCACACAAUUAGCACUCUAUAAACAACAACUAAAUAUAAACAGAAUAUCAAAACAGCCACUGGCAGACAAGUGUCUGAAAAAUGAGAAAGAACUGACAAUACUGUUAUGGAAACCUGCAGAGACUUUAAAUGAAAUGUGACACAUGCAUGAAGUUGUAUAACAUCACUGGUUGUAACUUUACUGAUGAUAUGAAUGCAUACUCAGUAUCAGAUGCUGUGAUUAUUUUCCACUGGGAUGUUUAUAUCAGCAAGGAACAGCUUCCUCAGGGAGACCGCCCAUUACACCAGAUGUGGGUCUGGUUUAACAUGGAGUCUCCAAGUAAUACUGGAGGCCUGGAGCAUUUGAACAACGUGUUUAAUUUAACCAUGUGUUACAGGAAAGAUUCUGACAUUUUUGUUCCCUAUGGGUCUCUACAAAUGACAAAAGACCUGCAGAAUUAUUCUAUUCCUAAGGAGAACAAACUGGUUGUCUGGACUGUUAGCAACUGGUUACCACAUUUCAGAAGAGUUCAGUACUAUAACGAGUUAAGAAAAUAUAUCAAUAUUGAUAUAUAUGGAAAGAACCAUCGACCACUUGAUAAGGCCUCACUUCACACAACCAUUUCUCAGUAUAAAUUCUACCUUGCAUUUGAAAAUUCUGUUCACACUGACUAUAUCACUGAAAAGCUGUGGAGAAAUGCAUUUCUUUCUGGCACAGUCCCUGUAGUUCUUGGUCCUUCUAGAGAAAACUAUGAAAAGUUCAUUCCACCAGACAGUUUUAUUCAUGUAGAGGACUUCAACACAGCAGAACAGCUGGCCAAAUAUCUUGAGAAACUGGAUAAGGAUGACAAGGAAUACAUGAAGUACUUUUCUUGGCAAAAGCACUUUGUUUCAAAGUCAUAUGAGACUGUUGAUCAUUAUUGUAAAGCCUGUAUAGAGUUAAAAAAAAUGACUGAAUUCAGGAAAAUGACAAACCUUAUAAAAUGGUAUAGGUCAUGAUAUAGUGUACCAGUGGUACCAUAAUCUAAUACUGAUAUUUCUAAAAUUAAAACAAAGUUACUUCAACAAAAUCUCUCUCGCCUCUAAAAUAAAUCAGACCUGAUGAUUAUACUUUUUCCAUGUUUUUCAAUAAUGAGUAGCAUUUUCACUGACAAAGAAAACAAAACAACUUCCAUUUGUAUGCAGGACACAAAGGCAAAGGCAGCACCUUGCUUUUUAAUGUGAACACAACAUCCAUUAUUAUCAGCAAUCAGAUUCAAAGAGGAAUGUAGGUGGUAGGUGUUAAAAUGGUCGAUAGCCUUCUAUAUUACAUAGAAGGAAGACAGUGAGUGAAGAUUAGACGUACAUACAUGGGAGACGUGUUCUGUACCUACCACAAGAGCUAUGCAAUUGACACUUAACCUCCUAAUGCUUAGCAAGAAAGCCACACCCCCUUCAGCGACAUACAGGGGGCCCAGGUAGUUUGGGGUUGGCAUAAUGGUGAAGGUAUUUACCUCACCAAGAGGUACAGGAUUUUAUUCUUCAUGAGGGGCUCUCAAGGGCAGUUAGCCUCGAACUUACCUAUGAACCUAUUGCAACUGAUCUGGUUAACAUAUUAUUUCUCAGGUAAGAUGAUAUGUAAAAUUAAUUGCAAUAUUCGUAUGAGUCAAACAAUUUCCAAGAAACACUUAUUACUCUGUAGUUGGUAGGAAUAGGCAUCAACAUUCGUCUAUCAUUUUAGGUGUUUAUAGAGGAUGUUGACUGUUUAAACAAGCCAGCAUAUCAGUGGUUGUACACCAUUACUUGGAACUCAUAAACACAUAUGACAAUGGUCACUUUGCUGACUCAAGACCCACACCACAAGUCAGAAUGAAAAUGUUUUGCCUAUUAAGAGAUUUGUAUCAGGAGACUUCAGUAAUGUGUAGGCAUAGUUAAGCCUCCAUGCUAUUCUCAAGGCAUAUUAACAAGGGUCAGAAAGAAGUAAAUCUCAGGGCUGAGAUAAAUGAAAAUUGUAGUACUCACUGACGUUUAAAUGUCUUUACAGGACAGUCAGUCCUGUUCAACAAAUGAAGAAGACCAGUACGUGUCAUAGUUAGGAGGGUGGCAGUUAGUCCUCAAAAACGCCAGCUGCCCAGGAAUGGAAGAUGGCUGCAGUCAUUCCUCUGCACAAAGGAGGUCAAACCACUGAUCCAGGUAACAACAGGCCCAUAGGUCUUACCAGCCUCAUCUGUAAGGCCAUGGGAAGAGUCAUCAAGGGCAUGAUA